AUACAGAAAUUUGAUAAUGUUUUAAUUUCCAUAUGCAGAGGCUUUACCGAUUGGAUGCAAGGAAAUUUAUUAUAGGAAAUAUUGGCCCUAUUGGUUGCAUUCCUUACCAAAAGAAUAUUAAUCAGUUGAGGGACAAUGAAUGUGCAGAAUUAGCAAACCAGCUUGCUCUCCAAUACAAUUCCCGUUUGAAGGACUUGCUGAGUAAUUUGAACCGGAGUCUCCCUGGUGCCACAUUUGUACACUUGAAUGUUUAUGAUCUUCUCAUGGAAAUAAUCAUAAACCCCCACAAAUACGGAUUUACCACAGCCACUAUGGCUUGUUGUGGAAACACAGGCGGGCAAUAUGCAUGGAUAGUUCCAUGCGGACCAGCAUCAAAUAUGUGUCGAGAUCGCGACAAAUAUGUAUUUUGGGAUCAUUACCACCCGAGUGAGGCUGCUAAUAUCCUUAUUUCCAAUAAACUUCUCC